AGCGACUCAGCAGAGGCAGACCGGGAACGUUUGAGGACACUUGACAGCUUUCAGAGACUGCUAUGACAUCUCGCAGGUGGUUCCACCCCAACAUCACCGGAAUCGAGGCAGAGCAGCUCCUGUUGACCCGGGGCAACCACGGCAGUUUCUUGGCCCGGCCCAGCAAGAGCAAUCCGGGGGAUUUCACCCUCUCGGUCAGGCGCGACGAUGAGGUGACCCACAUUAAGAUCCAGAACUCGGGCGACUACUACGACCUGUACGGAGGCGAGAAGUUUGCCACGCUGGCCGAGCUGGUGCAGUACUACACAGAACAACAGGAUCUGCUGCGCGAGAGGAACGGCCAUGUCAUCGAGCUCAAGUACCCACUCAACUGCAAGGACCCCACCUCCGAGAGGUGGUACCAUGGACACCUCUCUGGGCGGGACGCAGAGAAACUGCUCACUGACAAAGGCAAGGCCGGCAGUUUCCUGGUACGGGAGAGCCAGAGUAAACCGGGCGACUUCGUCCUCUCGGUUCUCACCAAUGAGGAGAAGCACGAAAACGUGGAUCGUAAGACCAAGGUCACGCAUGUUAUGAUACGUUACCAGCAGGAUAGUAAAUACGACGUGGGCGGAGGUGAGAGGUUUGAGACUCUGGCUGAGCUGGUGGAUCACUACAAGAAGAACCCCAUGGUGGAGAAAAGUGGCAUCGUAGUGCAUCUCAAACAGCCAUUUAAUGCCACAAGGAUAAAUGCAGCCAACAUUGAGAACCGGGUACGAGAGCUCAACAAAGUAGCAGACAACUCUGAGAAGCCCAAACAAGGAUUCUGGGAAGAAUUUGAGGUACUUCAGCAGCAGGAGUGCAAACUGCUGUAUCCCCGGAAAGAAGGCCAGAAGCCAGAAAACAAGAGUAAAAACAGAUACAAGAAUAUCCUCCCCUUCGACACAACUCGUGUUGAAAUCAGGGAAGCAGAUCCAGAUGUUGCCGGUUCAGACUACAUCAAUGCCAACUACAUCAGAUGUAUGCAUGAAGAGGGGCGCUACAUGGAGGAGGGCAAAGUCUUCAUCGCCACCCAGGGGUGCCUACAGAAUACGGUCAACGACUUCUGGAAGAUGGUGUAUCAGGAGAACACGCACGUCAUCGUCAUGACCACAAAGGAAAUAGAGCGAGGGCGGAACAAAUGUGUACGUUACUGGCCGGACCUGAACGCCACCAAGGAGUUUGGGAGGGUGCAAGUGAGGAAUGUGGACGAGCAGCCAGCGCAAGACUACAUCCUCAGGAAGCUGGAGGUGACCCGUCUGGACCGGAAGGAGCCCGUGAGGUACAUCUGGCACUAUCAGUACCUGAGCUGGCCCGACCACGGGGUGCCCAACGAGCCUGGUGGUGUGCUCUGGUUCCUAGAGGAUGUCAACCGCACGCAGAGCUCCAUUCCAGACACUGGACCCAUUGUCGUACAUUGCAGCGCAGGCAUCGGCAGGACAGGCACCAUUAUCGUCAUCGACAUCCUCAUCGAUAUAAUUAACCGCCAAGGUCUCGAUUGUGACAUCGACAUCCCCAAGACCAUCCAGAGGGUACGGCAGCAGAGGUCGGGCAUGGUGCAGACAGAGGCCCAGUAUAAGUUCAUCUACAUGGCUGUGCAGCAGUACAUAGACACGGCUCAGAAGAGACUGGAGGAGGAGCAGAGGAAUAAGAUGAAGGAGAGGGAAUAUUCCAAUAUCAAAUAUCCCCCGAUGACCAACUCGAGGUCCAAACCCAACAUGGCGUCCUCGCGCUCCUCUUCUGUGAUGACAAACGACGAUUCGUCGGGUGUGUACGAAAACAUAAACUUUAAAAGCCCUCAGACGUCUUUUAGCAGCAACACCAGGAGGUAAAACAUGUUGGGGACCUCCGCAUCUCUCUGUCGGCCUCUUUUUUCAGCUUCAGUGGGAGGUGUCGCUUCGUCAGCGCCUGAAAAUCCCUUAGGUGCGG